GUGGCGACGCGCUGUGUUUCGUCUUCUGCAGAGUACCCCAGCGGGGCCAUGGCGAACCCGCAGCCGUGCCGGCCCAAGCCUGUCCAGUGCGGUUCGCAGCCGCCGCCCGAACGGCCGCGGCAAGUGACGGUGGUGGGGUUCUUCAAAAGCUCCAGCUUUCAGAUUGCAAAGAGCACCGCUGAGAGUCUGAAGAAUAAUUAUCCAUCCAAAUUUGAAGAACCUAUAAUAGUUCCUCUUCAAGAAUUUGCAUGGGAUCAAUAUCUACAGGAGAAAAAAAGGGAACUCAAGAGUGAAACCUGGGAAUAUUCUUCUCACGUGAUGUGUUUUGUUAACGAUCAGCUCUUGGGUGAUGCGUUUGAUCUUCAGACAUGGGCCCACAAGGUGUGGGAUAUAGUGGAUACUAAGCCCUCUGCACUUUAUGAGGCACUUACUUUGGACUAUUCCACUAAAUUCCUAAGAGACACCAAGCAUGAUUUUGUGUUCUUGGACAUCAGUAUUGAUAUUUCUCCAAUUGGAAGAUUGGUUUUUGAGCUAUACUGUGAUGCAUGUCCCAAAACAUGUAAAAAUUUUCAGGUCUUAUGCACAGGAAAAGCAGGAUAUUCUCAAAGUGGCAUAAAGCUACAUUACAAAGGUUCAAUUUUUCAUCGAAUAGUUCGGAAUGGUUGGAUACAAGGAGGAGAUAUAGUAGCUGGAAAAGGAGAUAAUGGAGAGUCAAUUUAUGGACCAACAUUUGAAGAUGAAAACUUUUCAAUUCCUCAUAAUAAAAGAGGAGUUCUUGGAAUGGUCAACAAAGGCCGUCACAGCAAUGGGUCACAAUUCUAUAUCACACUACAAGCAACUCCCUAUCUAGAUAGAAAAUAUGUGGCUUUUGGGCAAUUGAUUGAAGGAACAGAAGUUCUUAAACAACUAGAAUUAGUUUCAACAAAGAAUGAAAGACCAUUACAUUUAUGUAGAAUUACUGACAGUGGAGAUCUUUAUGCCUGAUUUUUAUAUCAAUAUUUACUAAGAUAAUGUAUUACCUUGUAUCUGAUAAGCUGUUUCUAAAUUUAAUUAAACAGUGCUUGAUAAAAUUUAAUUUGAAA